ACUAUGUUUUAGAAAAUGGAAAUGUUUUGCACGUCACUUGAAAAAGUCCAAUUUACAGGUCACAUCAAGCUUCCAUGAGACCAUGACCUUCUCACCACUAAUUGCAAGCAUCUCUUACCUUUGACUAUUGACUUGCACACUUGCCAGCCCAUAUGCCCCUACAAGUAUAUAUAAUGAGCCCACCGUGUCAUUACUUGCUCAGCUUCAGCUCUGUGACUGCGACGCGAACCCAUGGCCGCCAUGGACGAGCCUCCUCAGCUAUUCCUCUGCCCGAUCUCCAUGGAGCUCAUGGAGGAUCCGGUGACGGUGUCCACCGGCGUGACGUACGACCGCCGGAGCAUCGAGGAGUGGCUCUUCGUCUACGGCCGGACCACCUGCCCGGCCACCAUGCAGCCUCUCUCCAACUUCGACCUCACUCCCAACCACACUCUCAAGCGCGUCAUCUCGUCGUGGCUCGAUCGCGGCUCGUCGUCGUCGUCGUCUUCGUCGCCGUCGACGUCGACGCUGUCGAGCCCGAUCCACGAGCUGGCGACGCCGCUGUCGCGCGCGCUGGAGCAGGAGCGGUUGCUGGCUGCGCUGGCCGAGCUGGAGGAGACGCCGUUCAAGGUGACCAAGCUGAAGAGCAUGAGGGCCCGCAUGGCGGGCGACGUGGCAAUGCAGGGGGAGUUCGUCGCCUCGGGCGGGGUGCGCGUGGUGGGGCGCGUGAUGGCGCAGGCGCUGGCGGAGAGCGGCGGCGACUUCUCGGCGUUCGCCGCGUGCGAGGAGGCUGCCGCGGUGCUCGCCGCGCUCCCGCUCUCGGACGAGGCGUCGGUGCGGGUCGUCCUUGCGCCGGAGUGCAUCAGGCCCGUCAUGGCGCUGCUCCAGCGCGGCGGCGCCGAGGCGAGGCUGCACGCCAUGGACAUCCUCACCAAGAUCUCCAGCUCCGGAUCAGGCGGCGACUGGACCGCCGGCGUCGACAUCGACGACGUGAUCAAGUCCCUCCUCGAGCUCCUCUCCGACGAGGCCUCCACGAGGCUCAGCUCGCGCGCGCUCGACGUGCUCCUCGACGUCGUGGAGCGGGCGCGGGGCGCCCGCGCCAAGGCCGUCGAGGUCGGCGCCGUGCACGUCCUCGUCGAGCUCCUCGCCGACGCCGACGACCGCCGCGUCACCGAGCGGGUACUGCUGCUGCUGAAGCGGCUGUGCAAGUGCCCCGAGGGGCGGCUCGCCUUCGCGGAGCACGACCUGUCGGUGGCGGCCGUGGCGAGGACGAUGCUGCGCGUGUCGGAGCUGUCCACGCAGCUCGCCGUCAAGGUGCUGUGGCUCGUGUCCGUGGUGGCGCCGUCGGAGAAGGUCCUCGAGGACAUGAUGCUGACCGGCGCCGUCGCGAAGCUCCUGGGGCUGCUCCACGUCGAGAGCUCGCCGUCGACGAAGCAGAAGACGGUGAGGAUGGUUAGGAUCCACGGGGUAGUCUGGAGGCAGUACGCGUGCUUCCCUACCGACUUCAGGGACUACCUCAGGCUGCUCGAUUGAUUCUUUCUCCCCUCUCUUUCUGAUUACCGUGGCUAAGCUGUAACAACAAAGCAGAUGGAAAUUGUGUUUUUUUUUCUGGUCCCUCGAAAAAAAGAAUGUGUAUUUUUUACAGAAAAAAAUCGGAAAUGUGUUUUCUCAUCACGUACAAAAAAAAAGGGAACGUAAUGCAUUUCAAGUAUUCAAGGAUA